GAACAGAGCUGACAGCGCACUCGCUUGCAGUGCAGACAGACUGUUACGCCCUCUUAAACACUGUCAUAGCCACAUUUACUUCGGUAAACUUCCUCAAAUAUGCCGUUAAGCCAUUAACUUCCUCUCUGAGGGGUGAACGCACUCACGUCCUACAGACUUCAACAAUUACUUCCACAGCAGCGGGAUUUCGGUCCUCGAGAGCAUCUGAUAUGUUUGACUGCUGAAGUCGAGUGAUCAUCUUUCUAUCAUGCAGAGCAUCAAGUGUGUGGUGGUGGGAGAUGGAGCAGUGGGAAAAACCUGCCUGCUCAUCUCAUACACAACCGGCGCAUUCCCCAAAGAGUACAUUCCCACCGUGUUCGACAACUACAGCUCCCAAGUCACCGUGGACGGCCGCACCAUCAGCCUCAAUCUGUGGGACACGGCAGGCCAGGAGGAGUACGACCGCCUUCGCACACUGUCCUACCCUCAGACCAACGUCUUCAUCAUCUGCUUCUCCAUCUCCAGCCCCCCGUCCUAUGAGAACGUCAAGCACAAGUGGCACCCAGAGGUGACGCACCACUGUCCCAGCGUGCCCAUCCUUCUGGUGGGGACCAAGAGCGAUCUUCGCAACGACGCUGAUGUGCUGAAGAAGCUGAAGGAGCAGAACCAGGCGCCCAUCACACACCAGCAGGGCCAGGCUCUGGCUCGCCAGAUCCACGCCGUCAAGUACCUGGAGUGCUCAGCACUCAGCCAGGACGGCAUCAAGGACGUGUUUGCAGACGCAGUGCGUGCCUUCCUCAGUCCUCAACCUGUGGCUGCAAAGAAGCCCUGUAUACUCCUCUGAAAAUACAGAGAGCAUUGAGGUAUUUUAACUGAAUUACGUGUAGAAAUGGUGGGAGUGGUUGUAAUAACAGAUAUUUAGUGACCAAGAAACACGACCUUAAUCUGUGAAAUUAAAGAAAUACAAGAUUAAGUCAAAUCUGAGGUUUUUACACUGUACUGAGAUUUUCUUUUUUUUUAUGUUUUUUUUUUUUCAUAGAAUUUUAAAGGGGAGAGAGUGUGUUUGGAGUUUCAUAAAACCACUAAACAGAUCAUCUGGUAUCUUAUAAAUACAUAAAAGUAAAAAAAUAAAGUAACCCUUAAAGACAUCUCAGAUGAAAGGGGUUCUAGUUCCUUUUUAGUGUUUGGAGACUUAUUAAUACUAUUGGUUAAUUAAGUUCUUUUUCUUUUUGUCUUUAUUUAAAAAAGAAAAAUCUGAGAAUUUUAUAGUGCUAAUAUAAUAAAGCUUUUUUAUGCACACGGCAUUUGUUCUGUGAUUGGAGUUACAUUGAGGACAGGCCUUUUGUGUAAUAAGCAACUAUCUAUAAAUAUCGUAGUCGUUCACACAGAAUGCAUUCUUACGUUCAAGACACAGCUGAAUGUAAAGGAAACAAAGCAGGGUUUUGAGACUCUGAAAAGCUGUGUGUACUUUGACACAGCAUCUUUCAAACGCAGAGCUUGUGCGCGAUAAUUUAUACCAACAGAAAAAAUGUAGCACAACUGUGCUUACUUUUUUAGGAGCCAGAGCUUUAAGCCAUGAACUAAAGCGACCAGCUGUGAGGUAAAUCAUGGAAUUACAAAUUUUGCUUUGAAGCAAAAAAUAAAUACAUUUGAAAAUAGACGGUUUUAAUGAGGGAAAGAACUACAAUCCCAUGAAGCAUUGUAUAUGACAAUCAAACUAAAAACAAGAGAAAGUAAAAUAUAUUUGAUUGUAUGUGUAUGUAGAAAUAAAAUAUUUUAUGUUUAAUGCGUAAUAUGCAUACAUGUACAAAUAUUUAAAUAAUUGGUAGUGGGUUGUCCCUCUUUUGCAUGUCGUAAUUCUCUGAUUGGUGGAUAUUUUGUGCAGGAUCAUGGGUAAUGUAGUUUUUUACCAGGAAUUCUGUUUUUGAACAUGUUUUUUGCAAAAAAAUAAAUGAUACGGUCUGAUGGUUUAAACAAAACGAUUAACAACCUCAUAGCUCACAGAAGGUUUGUCUUUAAAGGUUUUUAAGUUAUUGUUCAAAGUUUUUUACUUCCAGAACAGCACUGUCAUACUUUAUCCACAAGCAGCGCAGUGAAACGCAAAAACGCGUUCUGUGUGAACUGGCCCUUUAGACAUACAUGCUCUUAUAUGAGUGAUGAGGGUGUUGUUGCCUGGCAACUUGUAGGCCUUACUUCCUCGUAGUGGGGAAACUGUCUGGCAGUCCCUUAAGGAAACAGAUGUCCCAGCAUGCACUGCGCCUUCAACUCUUCAUUCUUUUCUUCCUCAGCGCUUCAGAACCUUUUUAGAAAACAAGGCACUUUCUUCACUUGAUGACUGAUUUGGGAGCAGCUUGUGUCGAUUUAAUUAGCACAAUCCUAAACGAGCCAUUAACGAAGAGGAAGGAAGCUUUCAAUUGGCCAAAGAUCGAGUUCAGCUUGUAGAUUUCAGAGCUCAGGGAUUAAUCAACAAGCUAUAAAUGAUCACCAUUGUUCCUUUUUCUUUUUGAUGAAUGUAUAACUUCACAGUGCCUUUCCAUAUAUAGUUUUUAUAAAUGUAAGCAGACAGAUUGUUGUAUGUCAAAUUUCAAAGCCAAGGGCAAAAGUAUAUUUUCAUCAUUGGUAUUUUAACUAUCGUUUUUUGUUUGUUCUGUAAUGUUUAGCCUAUUAGCAUUAGAUCAAAUGUAAGCUGAAAGUCAAGAAGAUCAUGUUGUGGCUCAUUAAGGACAAUACAUUCACAGCAAACAGAGAAACACUUCAUUGUGCAUGAAUCAUAUGGUGAUUUUUCAGUCAUAACCUGUGUUGCUCAGUCUGUAUGUGUGCUUUUGGACAUAAAUGUAUGAGAAAUCCCAAAGUCAUGUGAAAGCAAUACUUUUCAAGCAUUGAAUAAUUCAGCUGAGAGUUGUGUGGAUGCUACAGUCAGUCAGUCUCACUACUAACAGGAUGCUCACUUAUGAAUGGUCUUGUACCAUAGACAUUUUUUUUAUUCCUCAUCAUUCACACUCCUAUGGACUCCCAAAUUUCAGACUCUCCAUAUCUUGCCUCAGCUUCGCAAGUCAUUCAUUUUAUUUAUUUUAUUUUUCAUUUUAAGGUUUGUCUUGUAUGCAUUUUUUGCCUCACUUAACAAUAAUUUCCCAAUUUUGUAUAAAACAUGUGUAAUUACAUUUUUUGUUUUGCAUUUUUUGAUACAAAAAAAUGUAUGCUAAUAAAAUUCAAACUGCUUAUUUUAACAUCCUA